CCAAAACAGGUUUUGCUUUUGAUCACCUCAAAUCUGUAUCUAUCUUGUAUCUAUACUUCUUUAUCCCCACUGCAUUAAUUUCUCCCUCCAUUGACAAACCUCUCCCAACAACACCAUAUGCAAAGGAAGAAAAAACAGAGACAGAUGAAAAGGUAGAGAGAGAAAGAAAGAAACCCCUACAAUCAUUGUACUUUCUCUCUCUACAUCCAUUGCUGAAAAAAAGAAGAAAAAAAAAGUUUCAAUCUUUCACUUUCUCCGGUUCGGUUUUCACCUUCACGGAUCACGGAAAUGGGCUGCUCGGCUUCUCGUCCCGCCAAUUUCGUCACCCAGCAGCAAAACCCUAAUUCGAAUUACUCAUCUUCGCACUCGAAUUCGCCGUAUUACUCGUUUUCCGACCCGUCUUCGACGCCGGUUUCUCGAACCCUAUCCCUACCCACGCCGUUAAUCCACCACCCGCCGAUGAAGAAAGGCGAUUCGAACCACUUCGUUUCUCUCACCUCCACCACCUACGGCUCCCUCGUCCUAAUCGACGACCCACCAAACCCUAAUUUCAACGGCCAGGAUUUCCCCAAUCCGACGGCCCAGAUGAGGAAGCUUCAGGAUUUUGCCAAUUCCGACGACCCUUUGUCGCCGGACUCCGUUAUCAACACGUGGGAACUCAUGGAAGGGCUCGACGAUGAGGAAUUCAAUUUCCACAUGGUCGAAUCCCCUUCCCCGAAAAAGCCUGGCAAAAUCGAGAUGGAUGCAAUUGAAUUAGAUAGAUCUUACGAGUUUGUGGAGAAUCCCGUAUCGAAGCCGCUAUGGAAACACUUGUCCGAGGAAUCUUUGCUGGCGAAAAUGGACGGCAACGUAGUAUCCAGUUAUCGAAAGGCAUUGCUCGGUAAACAUCAAGAGUGCGAAAAGCCCACAGAAAAAAUCGAGUCUUUUUCGACAAAAACUACAAAAAUCGAGUCUUUAGUCUCGGAAAUCGACGAAUCCGGCGAUUUGUCGGGUGCUUCUGACAAUAGGAUUGUGGUUUACUACACUAGUUUGAGGGGAAUAAGGAAAACGUACGAGGAUUGCUGUGCGGUGCGUGUGAUUUUGAGGGGUUUUAGAGUGUGCGUAGACGAGAGAGAUAUCUCGAUGGAUCGGUCGUAUAGGAUUGAAUUGCAAGAAGCUUUGAAAGGCAAAGCGGUGAGUUUGCCACAAGUGUUUGUUCGAGGGAAGUACAUUGGUGGGGCCGAGGAGAUUAAGCAGCUAAACGAGGCGGGAGAAUUAGCAAAAUUAUUGGAGGGUUUUCCUUUGAUCGAUCUUGGAUUCGUGUGUGAAAGUUGUGGGGAUGCUAGGUUUUUGCCGUGCCCUAACUGCAACGGGAGUCGGAAAGUUUACGAAGAAGAGGAAGGGAAAUUGGUGAGGUGUACGCAUUGCAACGAGAAUGGAUUGAUUCGGUGCUCUGGCUGCUGCCCUUGAGUUUCGAGAUAUUUCAAGAAUUUGUUUGUGAGGUUAUUUUAUUUAUUGGCUAAUUUUAAUGUGUAUCUAUCUAUUCGAGUAUCGAUCCUGUUUUAGUCUCGUUUAUUCCAAGUGUUUAUAAAUUGUGUAGUUGGUUGGUUAUCCGCGAACCGUUCGUGUUUGGGGAAAAUGUUAAUUACAUGAAGAAAGUAACAUAAAUAUGUGAUUGUUGGUCCCUAGUUCUUUUGUAUAUGUUGUUGCCACUUUUUCUUGAAUUCGGAGUUUGAACAUCGUUCGAGUU